UCUUCAAGCUCAAGGACAGGUAAACCGCAAACGUGAAGCGUGAACGGUGGACGUGAACUGCGAGUCACCUUUCAGAAUCAUAAACAACCGGAAUACCAACACGCUCACAUUCUUUAUUCCAAAGACGACUUCCCAAGGAAACAAGGAAAGAAAGAAAGGAACUUUUCUCUCUUUUAUUAUUUUCUCUGCAACUCUUAUAUUCCAACGUCCUUCUCCUUUGCCUGUGAAAUUGCUUCCCCGAAAUCAGGUAUUUAGUUUAUUGAUCUAUCUGUUUCGUUCCUCUCAAGUCCUCACUGGUUGUGUGUCUUCUGACUCGAAUUUUCUUCAUCUCUCGACUUAUUGCACAGUUGAAAUUCACGGCUUGAUUGAUUCCAUGGGAGAUGUGUGAAUGGGAAAAAAAGGAUUCUUCUAUAUGUUUGCCAAGUAUUUUAUAUCUUUGAAGGGGAUUAAUGCCAUAAUCCUUGAUGGUGGAUCCAAAAGCCCAACAUUGUCCAAAUAUUGCUUAUAGACCUAUAACACCUUCUGAUCUUCAAGUUCUUGAGAAGAUACAUGCUGAUCUCUUUCCUAUCAGGUAUGAGUCUGAGUUCUUCCUCAAUGUUGUGAAUGGCCGUGACAUUGUUUCAUGGGGAGCUGUUGACCGCAGUAGACCUGGCUCUCAAAGUGAUGAACUUAUUGGAUUUGUCACCGCACGUAUUAUCCCAGCAAAUGAAAGUGAGAUAGCAGAUACACUUCGACAUGACCCUUCAAGGAUAGACCAAACACUUGUUUAUAUUCUGACACUGGGUGUAGUAGAGCCUUACAGAAAUCUUGGGAUAGCUACUUCACUUAUUCGAGAGGUUACCAAAUAUGCAUCAAGAAUUCCUACUUGUCAAGCAGUUUACUUGCAUGUGAUUGCUUACAAUGAUCCAGCCAUUACAUUCUACAAGAAGAUGUUGUUCAAGUGCAUACGGAGAUUGUCAAAUUUUUAUUACAUCCAGGGCCAACAUUAUGAUGCAUACUUGUUUGUCUAUUACAUAAAUGGUCGCCGAUCUUCUUGUUCUCCACUAGAACUUGUCACUGCAAUGACAACUUGUAUGAGGAGCCUGUUUAAGUUCCUGGCUGCAAAAAUAUGGAAGAAUGAAGACAAGAAGAUUCCAAAAUGGUCCAAAUGUAAAGAAUCCAGUUGCUUUUUAAGUAAACAAAAGAAGAGAGUCGUCACAACUGAGGGUGCUGGUUGCCAAUGUGUGUAGCAUAGUAACCUUGCUUGGCUUCUGCUACUAAAAAAGAACUGAAGGCAACACCAUAGAGUGAUUUCAUCCUCAGCUACCUCCUUUUUAUUCAUUAUCCUCAGUAGCUUGUGCCUUGUAUAAUCUCUCCUGUUGUAAAAUUUACGCUUCAUUAAUGUCAGUCAUAAGAUGCCUUUUUUCAUACAAA